AUGAACGAGUUCGGCGCGGGGUUCGCGGGCAUUCUGAGCCGCAAGGGGCACGAGAACCCCACCUUCAACGACUGGAACGCCGUGCUCGUCGUCUACUGCGACGGCGGGCUCUACGCCGGCUCGCGCGGCGCUUACACCGCCAACCUGACGAGCCCGUUCUUCCUCGAAGGCCACGCCUCGCUCGCCAGCGUCAUUCACGACCUGCGGUUGCGCGGGCUGGGCUCGGCGCGCAACGUGCUGUUCAGCGGAUGCUCCGCGGGCGCGCAGGCCGUGGCGAUGACGUGCGACGCCAUGGCGCGCGCGCUGCCGUCCGCCUCCGUCAAGUGCCUCAUGGACGCGGGCUUCUUCCUCGACACGCCGGACAUCCAGGGGCGGCUGACGUGGCGGCAGAGCGUGGAGCGGCUGUUCAAGUUCCACCGCAUGGGGCUGGGCGUUCCCCCUGCCUGCCGGCAAGGGUCUUCAAGUUCCACCGCAUGGGGCGGGCGUCCCGCCCGGCCGCCGGCAAAGUCAGUGCGCGUGUGGGUGGGAACCCAUCUUCGAGUCAUCUCGCAUGGGGCUAGGCAUUCGCCCCUCGCCUCCCCUCCACUCUCCGUUGCCCCACACGUUCUUUCUAUCCCCCCUACACCUACCCAGCACCACACCUUCUCCAGCGAACGUGCAGCCGCCAUUGAAGUGUUUACUUACGAGUCCAACCUGCCCUUCCUCCGCUCGCUGCUGCUCAUCAAUAUUACCUUGCCUUACCCCACACCCUGCUUCUCUUCUCUCUCUCUCCCACCCUCACGCCUCCUCCCCUCCUCCCCUCCUCCUCCCUCCCCAUUCCCCUUCCUCCCCCAUUCCCUUUUCCCCCACAGCACACGCACAGGAGCCAUGGAAGUGCCUACUCCCGCAGUACAACCUGCCAUUCCUCCGCACGCCCCUCAUGGUCCCCGCUCUGCCCCGCACCCUACCGCUCUCCACCUCUACCAGAGCCGGCUGGCACGGACAGUGCUGGGAAUCCAGCGGGUGAAGCGGCAGCAGGGCGUGUGGUUUGAGUCGUUUCUUAUGAACUCUACAUCACAUUGUUCCGCGGUGUAUGGGGAGUGGGUGGGCAAGGUGGACGUGCUGGGUAGGCAGCUGCCGAGGGUGGUGGAAGAGUGGUUCUUCCAUGGGAAGAGGGGCGGGGCCGGGGUGCCGGGUGGUGCGGGGGCGGGGACAGGUGGUGGCGGGGCGGGGAAGAGUGGAGUUGGGGCGGGGGCAGGUGAUGUGGGCUCGGGGGCAGGAGGUGUGGGAAAAGGUGGUGCAGGGGGGGCGGGCAAGGCAGCGGGAAGCGUCCCCACGAGACCAGUGGGGAGCAAAGGGGGGUGGGCGGGAGGGAGGCAAGGGGGGCAAAAGCCGAAGGCUCCUGGCGUGCAGGCAGGCAGUGCAGGCCCAGGGAAAGUGCCCGGGACAGGGGGUGCCGCGAAGAUGCCCGGGACAGGGGGUGCCGUGAAGGCGCCCGGCACAGGGGCGGCUGAUCAGAUGGGGACGGGGGGAAGGCAGGGGGGAGAGAAGGGCGCGGGGGGAGCGGCAGGGAAGGGGCAGCAGCAGCAGGGGGCAGGAAAGAGCGCCGUGAAACGGCCUGGGACUGGCAUUGGGAAGGGGCCUGGAGUGGGGGCAGGGGCAGGGAAGGCGCCGGGAGGGCAGAGAGGGGCACUGUGGCCUGGUGUGAGGGGGGUGAGAGGCAAGGGGCGAGGUGGGCUGGCUGGGACGAGCAGUGAGGAGCAGAUGGGGGGGAGACGGCAUGGAAGAGGGGGGAAGAGUGGGAGGAAAGGAAGGAAGAGUGGGAAGAGGAGAGGAGGGAAGAGUGGGAGGAAAGGAGGGAAGAGUGCGGGGAGGGGAGUUGGUAGCAAAGAGGGGGGAAGGCGGAGUGAGGCGCGUAACAGUGGGCCUGAAACAGUGAUAGUGACUGAGGAAUGA